AUCAGCCGCUCAUCGCUACGUGUCCCGAGGCUAGCAUCAGUGGAAUCUCGCUCCCUGCUUCCCGUCCUGCUACCGGAGCAGACAGCGGCACCUCGGCGGUGAAAGCAGCGGUCGUCCCAUCCAGCAGCUCGGCCCAGACAUGGCGGAAAUCAUCCAGCCGCGGCGCAUGUUCCUCUGGAGCAUGGCGGUCAUCUACCUAGUCGCUUUCGUGUCGCUGUAUGUGCAGAUACCAGGUCUCUAUGGUAACAAUGGGCUGUUGCCUGCCCGUUGGCAGCUGCGAUACAGCGGUAAGUCUCUCUGGGAGCAGCUGCUGGCCUCUCCCACCCUGCUGUGGCUGGGACCUCAGCUCAGCCUGGACACGCACACUGCCAUGGAGCUGCUGUGUCUUGUAGGUGCUGCGCUGAGCCUCGCCGCCACGCUGGUGGAGGCUUUCAGAGACAGUGUGGUGUUUUUCUGCCUUUGGGCUUUGUACCUGUCCAUGUACCAGGUGGGCCAAGUUUUUCUCUACUUCCAGUGGGACAACUUGCUUCUGGAGACGGGGUUUCUCUGUAUCCUCGUCGCCCCGCUGACAUUGAUCAGAGGGUCACGGGGGGUCAGAGAGCACGAUCGCGUGACCUUCUGGCUGAUCCGCUGGCUGCUCUUCAGGCUCAUGUUUGCCUCUGGUGUUGUGAAACUCACGUCCCGUUGUCCCACAUGGUGGGGCCUUACAGCUCUGACGUAUCACUAUGAGACUCAGUGUAUCCCCACUCCGCUGGCCUGGUUUGCCCACCAGUUGCCGGUGUGGUGGCAGAAGAUGAGUGUGAUGGGGACCUUCGUCAUUGAGAUUGCUGUACCCUUGCUUUUCUUCAGCCCACUGCGCAGACUCCGGCUUGGGGCUUUUUACCUGCAGGUGUUGCUUCAGGUGCUCAUCAUUUUGACCGGCAACUACAAUUUCUUCAACCUGCUGACUAUCGCCCUCUGUCUGUCGCUUCUGGACGACCAGCAUGUGAACUUCUGGCUACGCAAGGCAGACAAGACCAGCAACAAUGACUCCAAGCUGCAGUCAUGGCUGUGUUACCUGGUGGAGCUGGCAGUCUGGUCCCUCUUGAUCUUCGGAUCAAUCAUAUGCUUUGACCUGCAGGUGGAUACAGUGAAGAAAGGCAUCUCCUCCAGGACAGCUUUUACAUACCACCAGUUCAACCAGUUUCUAAAGACUGUCACUAUCCCCUGUAUCUGGAUCGGUGUCCUCUCUCUCACCUGGGAGAUGGUCAAAGCCAUGUUCAGGUGUGCAUGUGUCUCUGGUUUCCUGAAGAGGUUUUUUGGAACAGUCCAGUGGACUCUGUUUGCUGCCGCCACCGCUGCUAUGUUCACUGUCAGUCUGGUGCCGUUCACUUACAUAGAGUAUGAUUCCAAUGCCAGGUUGUGGCCGGGAGUGCGUCGUGCCUAUGAGCUGUCGGAUCGCUUCCAGCUGGCCAACUCAUACGGCCUGUUCAGAAGGAUGACUGGGGUCGGUGGGCGGCCAGAGGUCGUCAUCGAGGGGAGCAACGAUGGAGUCUCGUGGACGGAGAUUGAGUUUAUGUAUAAACCAGGCAACAUGAGUGCAUCUCCUGCCGUGGUGAUGCCUCACCAGCCCAGGUUAGACUGGCAAAUGUGGUUCGCAGCCCUUGGGGCUCACACACAGGCGCCAUGGUUCACCAGCCUCAUGUACAGACUGCUGCAGGGCAAAAGAGAUGUGAUAGAGCUGAUCCAGACCGAUGUGUCACAGUAUCCGUUCCACAAGCAGCCCCCUGCCUACCUGCGAGCCCACCGCUACAGAUACUGGUUUACUGAACCGAAGCCUGACGGCAGUUCCUUCCCAGAGCGGUGGUGGAGGAGGGUCUAUGAUGAGGAAUUCUAUCCCAUAGUGCACCUGGGCAACACCUUCCUGGAGAGCAUGCUCACCCAGUAUGGACUCAAGGACAAAUUGCCUUCACGUCGCAUCUCCAACACCACUGUUGCCCAGGCGGUGAGGUGGGUGCGCUCUCAGGUCAAAGGUGUUCCUCCCCACGUACUAAUCUGGACCCUCAUUGCCUGUAGCGCCGCCGUGUGUCUGCUCCAGGGAUUGCAGAACAGGCACAAACACAGAGAAAGGACCCCAAACCCUCAUAAUGCGGCUGAGAAGGAUCACACAGAAAAUCAGCCUGACGAGUCUUUAGACCAUGAUGGGAAGUUAGAUAAAGAGCAGGCAGUGGAUGAAGAGGUAGAGGAGGAGGGGGAUGGAGAGGGAGAGGACAGUGAGGAUGAGGUGGAGGAGGGUGAAGGAGAGGAGAAAGAGACUGUUGGUGACGAGGAGGAGGACUAGGCACAAGAGGAGGAUUUGUACAGAGUACAGUUUUGAAAAGUUGCAGGUAAACCCGUAGCAGACUGUUUUCACCACCUGCCUUCAUAAAGUGUUUCCACAAUGACCAAAGACGUUUGUAUAUCUGUAAUUCCUGAUCAGACAAUCAUGGAAAAAUCGGUCUUUGCCUUCUCCCACCUACACCUUACUGCAGUACAUGUUUCAUAUGACAGUUGCCUACAUCAGAAACCAACAGCUUAAAGGUACACUAUGCAGGAUUUACCAAAAAAGACAAACUAAACAAAACAGUAUGUCGACUCAUGCAAAAGUAAUCCCUCUCAAUCAUCACUUACGACCCACUAGCAGUGUUUGGCAGUGUCUGUAUCUGCAGAGAACCUGCCCUUCGCCUUUAUUUUCUUUAUUCCUCUUACUUUGGUUUGGUCGGGACGUUUCUUGGUGUCAGCCUUUGGGUAGUGGUGUGCAGCCCCCAGUCAACAACGGCACAAGAUUGGGACGCUACUAAAACAAAGCGACCAGGUCACACUGCUGUCUCCACCUCUCUCCUCUGCUCUGUGGAGGCAAGCUGCAGGUCUGUGUUGCUGUUUAAUCGAGGGCGAGGUUGAACCACACGCACAGAGCAGAGCAGAGAAGUCAAGCAGACAUUCACACUCCAAACAUUCGGAGUGAAAUCUGGUCACGCAGAUCAAAUCAUGUUUAAAAAAAAAUAGAGAGUUCUGCCCAUUACGAGAGUAAAUAUGUUACACUGUGUGCCCUGUUUGUGUUGUGCGCUGUUGCACUUGUGCGUAAAUACAGGUGAGUGUGUGUGUGUGUGUGUGUGUGUGUGUGUGUGUGUGUGUGUGUCUGUCUGUGUGUGUGCUUGUAGUAUUUUAUUUUUGUUACUGUGGUCUCUUGGCUCUUACUGUAUGUACUGAACUAAAACAUUUCUGCACUUUCUUUUUUCAUGCGUCUUUUGUUUCUG